AUGGCUGAAGCAGUUUCUCCAAUAACUCGACAAGUAACUAAAGAAAAUCAGGAAGUUUGGAUCCCUUCUGUCGAUUAUCGCCUUGAAGACGUCGAAGACUGUUUAAUUUACGACCGACAAGGAGUCUCUGCUCCCUUCAAGAAAUUAUAUCAAGACAGGAAAUCAGUCAUAAUUUUCGUGCGGAAUUUCUUGUGCUACAGCUGUAAAGAAUAUGUGGAAGAUUUGAGCAAAAUACCUAAAGAAGCACUAGAGGAUGCCGACAUUAGGCUGGUUGUGAUUGGUCAGUCUGCUCAUCGUCACAUAGAGCCAUUCUGCUCAUUGACGGGGUAUCCUUAUGACAUUUAUGUGGAUCCGGAGAGGUGCAUUUAUCGAAAGCUUGGGAUGAAGAGAGAGGAGAAAUUUACAGACUCAGCCAACCCCAGUCCCCAUGUGAAGUCUGGUAUGUUUAUGGGACAAAUGAAGAGUAUCUGGAGGGCCAUGACCAGCCCUGUGUUUGACUUCCAAGGGGACCUACACCAGCAAGGUGGAGCCAUUAUUGUAGGACCAGGUGCUCACGUUCAUUUUUCCCAUUUUGACAUGAACCGCCUGGACCACAUGCCCAUUAACUGGCUCCUGCAGCUCGCCGGAGUUCAACAGACUCUGGACUUCAGCAAUAAGCCAAAGACCGUCCAUGUGUAGCAAGCUAUACGCCUGAAGUUGUGCUUCCCUCCACAUCACUAUUAUUAUCGCACAUGCAAGGAUUUAGGUUACACAUGUUGCUUGUUUACAUUACCACUGUGCACUGACAAAUUGCUACAAAAAGAGUUGGGGCAACAUCAUUCUAAAAUAUUUGUGUCCCAGUAUAGUUCAUUGUUUAUCAUGUCUGUAGGCUACUGGUUAGCCACUUGAGUGCCUUGUCAAAAUCUUGGAUAGGUCUAAAACAUACAGUCUAUGUUGAGUCUGAAAGUUCAUUAUUGAUCUUGUAAACAGUAGUUUGACAAAAACAGAAUCUUAAUUCAAGGUCUCUUUACUAGCUUUUUCCAGAGCUUCCAAUCACAUCUCAUGAGCUGCUGAUGUUGAAAACUCUCUCCGUUUUGGUUUGUGCACCCAAUUAUGAACCUUUUGGAGCAUUUGGACCAAAAAUAAAUAGCUCCAGAACCCAAAAAGUUAGUUUCCAGUUGUAACAAAUACUAUUCAGGUUUUCCUUGAUCUCAAAUGCAAACUGUGAAGAAAUCAGUGGGCAUGUCAUAUUCUACAGAUUGGAAAGAGAGGAUGUAAAGCAACCAUGGAGAAGUCAAAUGAAAAAUUGUCUUCUUAUUCUUAUUAUUAAUAGAUUGUAAUAGACUUGCUACCAUGGUUUCUUCCAUUGUGCAUGGUGCAACGCCUUCUGAUGAUGACGUAUCCAUGAUUACACUGGUUCGGCUCAAUACUGGUGGAAACAUGGUCUGGUUCUCUAGAUAGCACCAAGGCUCUAGGAAUCCUGAACAGAACCAGAUCAAGCACCACAGACAAACUGGUAAAAAAAAAGUGGUGUAAUUGAACUCAGCAAAUUCAUUCUUCCAAAGAAGAUCAUGAGAUGUGGUGAAAAUCUUUGGAAAAAACUGGUUGGUUGUCCUUGAGGUCAGAUCAGUUUUGUCAAAAUACAGUUUGAUGUGAAAGGAUGAGUUAUGUGUUGUGGAGUGUGUAAGAGGGCAAUGAAUGCAUUACUGUUUCAUUUUCUACCUUUUCUAUCAGCUAUGUAUUAAGUUGUGUAAUUCUGUUGUCAUACCUGUGUUAAGAUGGUUAAUAUUUAUGAACACUUAAUAACAAUAGAGUGCCCCCAGGAUGAUGUUUUUCUUUAGGUUAACCCAAACGCUAUCUUUACCCUGGUUCCCUCAUCAAAAAGCCUAUGGGAUUUUUCCAUUUGAUUUUGGAUCAUUGCGGCAAAUAAGCUGUGGCAAAAAAACAUUAAUAAUACUGGCAGGUUUUGCUCAGUAAGAUAACCUCAACACUACUUUCAGGAUUUUUGAAGCCUGUAAUCAACAGAGGUAAAAAGCUAUUCUUACGCUAUAACAAACUACACUACAGUCGCAUCGCCACCACAACAAGGCUUUACAAGGCAUGAUGACCUUCUGUAGUCUGAUUUACCCGUUGUUGGCAACUGCCUUUUUAAAGACACGUAAAAGCUUCAAAGUUUGCGAGGGGGGUAUUUACUAAGAGUUUUAGAUUGUAGAACAAAAUCUGAAAUUCUCUUUAGCUUGUGUUAACAGACCUUAUUUCAGGCUUCUAACCAAAAACUCAUUCAAAAAAAACAUUGACUUUGAGACGAGGUAACCAGAAGGACUGAAAUGCAAACUUAUUUCCAGGUUUUAGGUCUCAUUGCUAGGGUUCUCUAUUGGUGCACCAAUGUCAGUGACUGACCUUUUGUCUUCUUUUUAUACCCACUUUUAUCAUAUCCACAGUGUUUAUUAAACUGCAAGUAAAGUUCAAUUGCUA